AUGUCGCUUGAAAAAGGCAUACAGUUAGUCACUCUCGCAACAAAUGAGGACAAAGCAAAGAAUUAUGAGCAGGCGCUCAGAUAUUACGAACAUGCAAUUGAAUAUUUCAUCCAUGCCAUUAAGUAUGAGGCUCCAAGUGAUCGAGCUAAAGAAUCUAUUCAGCUCAGUUGUGCGCGGUACCUUGACAGGGCUGAGCAAAUAAAGAAGUACAUGGCCUCAAAGUCCCGUGAAAAAAGCGAAGCAAACUCUGGUGGUACAAGGGAAAAGAAAAGAGAUGAUUCUGAUAAGGAAGACGGCGAAAACUCACGUUUUCAACUUCAGUUGCAAGGAGCGAUAGUGACUGAAAAACCUAAUAUCAGCUGGGAUGAUGUCAUUGGUCUACAGUCAGCAAAGGAAGCUUUGAAGGAGGCGGUGAUUCUACCUAUAAAGUUUCCACACCUGUUCACUGGAAAGCGUACUCCUUGGAGAGGGAUUCUUCUUUACGGCCCACCUGGAACUGGUAAAUCAUAUUUGGCCAAAGCUGUUGCAACCGAAGCAAACAAUUCAACGUUUUUAUCCGUUUCAAGCUCAGAUUUGGUUAGUAAGUGGCUUGGUGAAUCUGAGAAAUUGACGGAUAAAACCGAAUUUCUUGUUCAAAUGCAAGGUGUCUGUUCGAAUAAUCAAAACGUCCUAGUGUUGGCAGCUACAAAUACUCCUUGGACUUUAGAUUCCGCUAUACGUCGUCGUUUUGAAAAGCGUAUAUAUAUUCCCCUUCCUGAAACAGGUGAACGUGUUAGUAUGUUCAAAACGAAUCUGGGGAACAUAUUUCAUAGUCUGGUAGAAAAAGACUUUAUUGAACUUGGGGCAAGGAGCACAGGUUAUUCAGGUGCGGACAUAUCAGUUGUUGUUCGGGAAGCUUUAAUGAUGCCCGUUCGGAAGGUUCAAACGUCAACACACUUUAAAUAUGUUACUGGUCCUUCUCCUACUGAUCCAUCAAAGAUCGUCAAUGAUCUUUUAAUGCCGUGCUCCCCGGGAGAUCAUGGUGCAAUAGAAAUGGAUUGGAAAAAAGUCCCAAGUGAUAAACUUAGGGAGCCCCCAGUUGCUAUGCAUGAUAUGUUGAGUUCAUUAGAACGAAAUAAGCCAACUGUAAAUGCUGAAGAUUUAGCAAAACAUCGUAAAUUUACAGAUGAAUUUGGACAAGAAGGAUCUUGA